AUGGAGAGGCGGCGCCGAAGGAGCCAGGAACCUGAGGGAAGGGAGAAGGAGAGAGCCUAUUCUGAAAUGUACAGAAUACAGAACGCGGAGAUCAUCCGGGCUCGUAAGGCGGUGCUGACGGAGGAAAAAAAGGCCGCUUUUAGUGCUCAUAAAGCCGCUCAGAUGAGAGGAUACAGAGCCGCAAAGAAAGCCAAUCGUGAAGACAAAGUGCCCCAUGAUAUGCCGGCCAAGAACGCCCGUCGAAAUGCAUCUCUCAAGGCACAACGGGCUGGUGACGUGCUUCAAAAAGAGAAGGCCAGCUACUGGUGA